UUUUGCAGGAUGAGUUGGUUUAUUGGGAGCUUCCAUGAAUUGCAAACGCAAGGAGGAAGCAUAGUUUUGAAUCUCUUCCUUCCUCCUUCAUUGCCUCUCACUAUUUUCCUCCUUCUACCCUAUCAUAGGACCACCACCUUUUACUUUCUCUUUUCUUUUCCUUUCUUUUCCAGAGCCUCUCUCAUCCAGGCAUUAUUGUGGUAGACCCUGUGAGAAAUAUUGUAGAGGGGCCUCUUUCAAAAUCCUCUUCCAUGGAACUACAGCCGGAAUCCCCAACGGGAAGGAAUGAUUCUCCAGGAUCUUCUCCGAGGUUUUCUAAGCAUAUCAUUGACACAGCUGCUCCUAUUGAAUCUGUCAAAGAUGCUGUGUCCAAGUUUGGAGGAAGGGUUGAUUGGAAAUCCCGUCGAACCCAAAGUCUGGUGGAGGAGAGAAGCAAGAUUCUAGAAGACUUCAGAAGGGAAGAAACUGUUGAGGAAUUGGAAAACACCAAGAAGCUCACAGAAGAACUCAGACGCAACUUAGAAACGGUAGAGAGAGAUGAGUUUCUGGCAAAGGAAGAGGCUGAACGUGUGCUUCUCAAAAUUGAAGAGAUGGAGCAGAGCAUUGUAAGUGAGGCUAGUAUUGAAGCCAAAGCUGAAGUUGAGGCUGAAAAGGCCUUGCUUAAGGAAGCGCUUUCAGAGUUAGAAUUCGUUAAGAAAGAACUGGACUCACUGCGCAAGGAGUAUGCUUCUAUGGUGAGUGGAAGAGAUACGGCAAUCAACAAUGCAGAAGAAACCGUUGCAGCUUCCAAUCAGAUUGAAAAGGCAGUGCAAGAUUUGACUGCUGAGUUGAUUGCAACAAAAGAGGCACUAAAAUCCUCACGAGCCGCACACUUGGAAGCCGAAGAACAAACACUAGGAGUUGCUGAUGAAGAGAUUCUCAAUUUGAAACAGGAACUUGAACAAGCAGAAGAGGAGCUCCAAAGACUGAAUGAGAAAGUUUUCUCAGUCAGGCUUCUUAAAUCUAAACUAGAAUCAGCUUCCUCUUUAUUACUUGAUUUGAAAGCUGAAAUGGCAACGUACAUGGAAUCAAAGGACAAUGAGGAAUGUUACAAACAACAGAAAGAGGAACUUGGGGAACUAAAGAAGAACAUAGAGAAAGCAACUUCUGAUGUUAAAAGCUUGAGGGAAGCUUGUAUGUCACUAAACUCAAAACUAGAAGAAGAGAAGUCAGUUCUGGUUACCCUUAAGCAAAGUGAGGAAAUGGCUUCGACUGCAGUUCUGGAUCUCCAAACUGAACUGGAGAAGUCCAAGACUGCCGCAAUUUUCCUUGAGAUGAAAGAGCAUGAAGCAAGAGAAAUGAUGUCUGAGUUGCCCAAGAAACUGCAGAAAGCAGCAGAAGAGGCUGAUGAGGCCAAAUCACUUGCUCAGGCUGCUGAAGAAGAGCUGCUUGAAGCACAAAAAGAGGUUGAAGAAGUCAAAUCCAGAUCAAGUACAUUAGAAAACAGUUUAGUGGCAGCACAGAAGGAGAUAGAAGCAGCCAAGGUUGCUGAGAUGUUGGCCAGAGAUGCAAUCUCAGCAUUGGAGAAGAGUGAAUCAACUAAAAACAGCAAUGAGAAUAGCUCUUCCUCAAUGGUUACACUCACACUAGAUGAAUACCAUGAGCUCAGCACGCAAGCCUAUAAGGCUGAGGAACAAGCCAAUGCAAGGAUAGAAGCUGCUAAUGCUCAGAUUAAGCUGGCAAGGGAGUGUGAAUAUAGAAGUUUGGAGAGGUUAGAAGAAUUGAAUGAGGAAUUAUCUCUAAGAAAGGAAUCUUUGAACAUUGCAACUGGGAAUGCUGAAAAGGCCGCUGGAGAAAAGUUAGCUGUUGAACAUGAACUAAGAACAUGGCUGGUUGACCAAGAGUCACCAAAGGAGCACACUGCUGCUGAAAUUGAGCCUGUGCAUGAGUCAUUAAGCCCUAAAGAAGCAGUUCCUUCAAACAGCACUGAAGAUGGAUCAUCCUCGUAUAAGAACAAAAAGAAGAAGAAGAAGUCAUUGUUUCCUUCAAAGGUUGUAAUGUUCUUUGCAAAGAAGAAAACACAUCCAACUAAGUGAAUCUAAUCCUUCAACUGAAGGUAGUACAAAAUGUAACUAUUCUAAUAUCUGAACAGGUUGUGUAUUGGUUGCUCAUUUUGAGAAAUUAAUUGUAUCAAGUUCUUUGGUUUAAAGGAGGAAAUAAGAUCAAUCAAUGUCUAUAUGGUAUA